UUUCCCCCUCUCUAGACUUAGAGAAAACAAAAUCAGCUAAAUCGAAAAAAGAUCACCAUUUGUGGGUUAAUAUGGAGAAUGAUAAUCUGGAUGAGUGGGAGAGAAGAUGCAAUGUUUCUAAAGAAAUGUCCCGUCUGUACGAAGUAUGUUAUGAAGAAAAGAAGAAGGUGGAAGAAUUGCAGCGUCGGAUUGAGAAUUUGGAAAAUGAAAAUAAGGAAAUUAAGGAUAUAAAGGAGAGAGCCCGGUGGGGAAAGAAUGCAGUGAAAUGGUUGAGAAGGCAUAUGAAGGAGCAGAAUCAGGUCAUUGAGAUCUUGCAUGGUGAGAAGUUGAAGCUUAGUGAGAAGUUGACGAGGCUGAGCGCGCGAGAUUCUUCCGUCUAGCUACUUUGUUUGCUGAAAUAAUAGUCUGUUGCUCCAAUUCUCUUUGGUUCUUCUUCUACGUUCUCUUAAAACACGUACUCUCCUCAAGGCAAAGAAUUGCAUAUUUUGUGUGCCAUGUUUAAUUUCCUUGUGCCUUUUUCUCUCUUGUUUUGUAUCUUAAUUUAAUAAUUAAACUCAGCCACAUGCAUGCUCAGCUCAGGCAACUGAGCCUUUAUUAACACAUUAGUAUUAUAAAAGUUGGGAAAAUCUGC